UAUAUAUAUAUAUAUAUAUUAUAUAUAUUAUAUUAUAUAUAUAUAUGAAACUAUAGUGUUUCUGGUUACACCAAGUCGGUAUUUGUAUAUAUCCCUGACUACACAAGUGUUCUGCUGGUCAUUAGACAUACUUACAAAACUCGGAGUAAUAAGAGUACUCACAGCACGGCAAAGAAUAAGUACUGAAAAAAUUUUCUACUUGCUUCAAAAUUAUAGUGUGCAUACAUACAUGCAUAUAUACAUACGUAUGUACACUUCUAUUUAUUGAGUAUACAACUAACUAACUGGAUGGGAAUCCAGCAAAAUAAAGUCGUAUAAAAAAAAAGCGUUGGUAGCUGAAAUAAUUACAAUAAUAUAUAUAACUAUAUAAGAAAAGUAUUGAAGUGAAAUAUUAAUGCAAAACCCUUAUCCUCAUAAUACAUGUAACAAGAAAUAACAAUUAAUGUUGAGAGAAAAAAACGCCCCCAGUAACAAUGUCAAGAAGAAUAUUGCGAUAGAAUUUUGACGAAGUAAAAGUUAACAAGACACAAGGAAACAUGGAAAAGGAAGGAAGAAAGGACGAAUGACAUAUUAUUACUGAAAGUUCUAUUGUUGUUACGUAUAUACAUAUACAUAUAUAUUUAUAUAUGUGUUCUUAUGUAGGUCUGUAUCACGUGCGCGACUGCAAGCACAAAUAUGCGAUGGAAAUACAAGGAAAAAAAGGAAAUGAUAGGAAUGUGAAAUUGACCAAACGGCACACUAAUCAGUCGUGACUACUGUAGAAACAUUUUUGAACUGGCAAAUAACAAAGAAUUCCGUGAAGAAGAAAGAUAAGAAAGAUAAACUUUCAGAAGCAAGGACGAAAGAGGAAAAAGGAAAACAAGUCUCAUUAAAUAAUUUAAGUGUAAUCUGUAAGAAAAAACUAUGUAGUCAAGAAUUGCUUCUUACACAACAUACAUUAUAAAUUCUUUUGGUAUGUGUCCGUGAACACAAAAUGAAAACGGUCAGGUUAUUCCUUUUUUAAUAGCUGUAAAUCUUACUCACUCAUAUACGCAAACACUUAUGUCUAUGCGUGUGUGUGUUUGAAUUUACAUUUGUGUGUGUAUAUACUCACAUUUACACACGUUCAUUUUAUAGACUUAAUAACAUAUGAUCAGUCCGAAUAUUUUGUUGCACAAAAUCUAUCCACUUAAAAGCUCCACUUGAAACACUCGUCGGGUGUUUUUCCCUCCAUCAUCCCUUUCCACUCCGUUUCUAUUUUUAAGCAAAGUCAUAUAUUCACGUUUAUCCGUAUCAUAGUCACAUACAAACUCACACACACAACGACAUACACAUUCAAAAAUACACUAAUAUACACAAGCUGAUACACACACAUAUUCAGGCAGUCAUAUACACUCUAAAAUUCAUUCACAAUGGGAAACGGAUAAACACACAUUCAUUUACUCAUCUUUAGAGUUUGUUUUAAGCACACAAACACACACACACACAUUGACAUACAUUCAGAGUAAUUAUUACAUAUAUACACAAACUCCACAUGUAAAACACACACAAGCACACAGAUGUACUUAUUCCGUAGACCAUUCAUAGACACUUUGCUCGUUCUACGAAACGAACCUUCGCAUUGGCAUACACUAAGCUUGCCAUUCAUAUUAUUAUACACCCAGUUCCACAUACAUCUAUAAAUACAUUGACACUCACACGCACAUACAUACACAAAGACACAGACACACAUGCAUUUAUGCUCACUACAGCAAGCACACAUCUCAACAUACCCCACCAAAUGAAUUUUUCAGGAAGAAGUUACCACUGGUACUCACACCACCAACAGCAUCCACAUCAUCAUCAUCACCAUCGUCACCAUUAUACUCAUCCUCACACAUAUCCACACCAUCAUCAUCAUCAUUAUCAUCAGCGUCAUCAUCCGCAAUAUCGUCACCAGUGUCUACAUCAUCAGCAUUUUCACACCCGUCCCAUCUCUCAACAUUAUUUUCACGGCCACCUCCAUCACCAAUCUCAUCGCCAUCCUACUCAGCCACGUCACCGUCCUCAUCUUCAUCAUUAUUACAGACACCAUCAUCAUUUUCAACACGAAUAUCUACAGAAAUAGCAACUGCAAUAACAACCACAACUACAAUUUUAUUUCCAAGAUCAAGACUAAAGAAAGAAUUAGAAUUGGUUGUAUAUCCAGAAUGGCGAUGAUAACAAAGCAAGAUAUAUCUAGAUAUUAAUGAAUUAACCUGUCUGUCUUUCUGUCCGUCUAUCUAUCUAUCUAUCUAUCUAUCUAUCUAUCUAUCUAUCUAUCUAUCUAUCUAUCUAUCUAUCUAUCUAUCUAUCUAUCUCUCUAUCUAUUUAUUUAUGUAGAUGGUUGUAGAUGGUUGAUAAGAAUAACUGCGAGAAGCAGUCUACUGCGUAUAUAUACGUAACAUUUAGAUGUUCAUAUAUAACUUCUGCAAACAAAAUAUAGCUGAUAUAUUAAUAUAAUUUAUUUGACUGUUAGAUCUAGCAAUGUUUGGUAUGCGAAGCACAACGGCUGUCUGCACGAUCGCUUCAGCGUCCAACUCGCCACAAUGCGCCUUUUAUGCAUUUCCUUUCUAUUCGUUCUUCUACUACUGCUAUUGCGGACUUCUAUUAGCAACACUGUCCUCAGUAACUUUGGGCGAUUCCGGCCAUUCCCGGUCCACUACUACUUCUUACGAAGGGGUCGGGGGUAGCAAAUAUGAAACUGAGAAGAAAAUUCGCAUCGACGGCCAGGUUGUGUUCGGUGGGCUGUUCCCGAUGCACGAAAAGGGACAAGAUGGCAAAUCUUGUGGCAGUAUAAAAAAAGAGAAAGGGAUCCAAAGAAUGGAAGCGAUGUUAUUCGCCGUGGACAGGAUUAACAAAGACAAUUAUUUGCUACCAAAUAUUUCAGUCGGUGUGCACAUUCUAGAUACAUGCAGCUUUGACACUUACGCGUUGGAGCAAUCGAUGGAUUUUAUCCGUGCAAGGAACUUAAACACAAUGGACUACACCUGUACUGACGGAAGCCCCCCAAAGUAUUCCCCAAAGACAUCAGUCGUGGGGGUUAUAGGGGCUGCCUCCAGCCUGGUCUCCAUUAUGGUAGCCAACAUUCUCAGAUUAUUUAAGAUUCCUCAAAUCAGUUACGCUUCCACGAGUAUCGAUCUCAGUGACAAAACUCGUUUCGACUAUUUUUCCCGAGUUGUCCCUCCUGAUUCCUAUCAAGCCCAAGCAAUGGUAGAUAUUGCAAAGCACUUUAAGUGGAACUAUGUCAGUACUCUAGCUGACGAGGGAAACUAUGGUGAACGUGGCAUCAGUGCUUUCGAAGAACGAGCUAAAACAUCAGGUGUCUGUAUUGCUCGAUCGUUAAAGAUUCCACGCAGUGUGAACGAAGAGAAGUUUGAUAAUUUGGUCAAAGACUUACUUGGUGUUGCAAAUUCCCGAGUGGUUGUGAUGUUUGUAAACGAAGACAACAGUCGUGGUAUUUUGCGAGCGUUGAAGAAAAGCAACAGAACAUCGGAAUUAUCGUUCUUGGCCAGUGAUAGUUGGGGUGCCAAGAUUCAUCCAGUAUUUGAACAAGAAAGUGUUGCAGAAAGUGCCGUGACAAUUCUUCCUAAAAGACAGAAAAUAGUGGAGUUCGAUGACUAUUUCUUGAACCUUCGUUUGAAAAACAACAAACGGAACGUAUGGUUUAAAGAAUACUGGGAAGCGAUGUUCAACUGUACAACAGAUGAGAAAUUAGCGUAUGCUGGCCACAAGCAAUGCAAAGGCGACGAAAGCCUUGACAGGGUCAGCUACCAACAGGAAGGAUUGGUGCAAUUUGUUAUUGAUUCCGUCUAUUCAUUGGCACAUGCUGUUGAAAAUAUGAUUAAAGAAAAAUGUAAUGGCCAAGUGAAAUUGUGCCGAGCCAGCCGCAAUUUACCCGGAGAAGAACUGUUACGUCAUAUCCGGAAUGUAACUUUUCAAGGUAUCGCUGAUGAAACAGUAGAAUUUAAUGAAAAAGGCGAUGGACCAGGUCGCUAUGAUGUUUACCAAUAUCAAAGAGAUGAUAUUGAAUAUAAAUAUAUUAGGAUUGGAGAAUGGACGGGCAGUCUCCGUUUAUUUGAAGACAAGAUUUCAUGGCGAAAUGGAUCUAAUGUUACUCCGACAUCGAUAUGUUCAGAGCCGUGUGGUCUUGGCUAUGCUAAAAGUGGCAGCGAUGCCUGCUGCUGGGUGUGUGUUCGCUGCAAUGACUACCAAAUUCUAGAGAACGUCAGCACCUGCAAAGACUGUCCAUUAGGCUUUCGCCCUGAUGCGAACAAAACUUCAUGCGUACGUCUACCAGUCCUCCAUCUUCAAUGGACAACAUUAUGGGCAAUUCUGCCUAUUACAUUCUCUGCUUUAGGAAUAGUUUCAACAAUUUUCGUUUUAGUUACAUUCAUAUUAUAUAGCAAAACGCCAGUAAUCAUGGCAUCAGGCCGAGAGCUGUGUUAUAUACUUUUUCUGGGUAUUUUCCUUUCAUACGGCACAUCAUUCGUGAUGCUUGCCAGGCCAUCGAUAGCAAUUUGCACUAUUAUGCGUUUAGGUCUUGGAUCCUCUCUAAGCCUCGUUUACGCCUCAAUGUUAACCAAAACCAACCGAAUUUACCGAAUUUUCAAUCGUGGUAUUCGAGCAGUUGUGAAAAGGCCAAGCUAUACAAGUCCAAGGUCACAAGUAAUUAUUUGUUUCUCCUUGGUCUCUGUUCAAGUAGUUGGAGCUUUUACAUGGAUUGGCUUCGAAAGACCAGAUAUUAUGUACGUCCUCCAAGGAAAAGACGCCUUAAUUUUAAAGUGCAAGACAAGUCAGAUAGCAAUAGUUAUCUCCCUUUUCUACAAUAUGUUCCUCAUUAUCUUAUGUACGGUAUAUGCUUUCAAAACACGAAAGAUCCCACAGAACUUCAACGAAGCUAAAUACAUAGCUUUUACCAUGUACAGCACAUGUAUAGUGUGGUUGGCAUUUAUACCUAUCUACUUCGGAGCUAACCAAGAUUUUAAGGAACUGGUUGGUUACGGGGACGCAAACUCACCAACAAAGAUGUCAAGCGGUAGCGGAGCCACACACACACACAUGCACACACACACACACACAUGCACACGCAUACACACACACGCACAUGCACAUGCACACACACGCAAAAUAAAGAUCGUGACGGUGCUGGAGCAAAUAUAUCAUGAUUCAAGGUCACUAAUACAAUACCUCAUAGAAGGUAAAAGCUGAUGAAGUCAGAACUGGUGAGACAGAAGACAGA